AUGGAAGCAGUUGGCAAGUUUGACUUCACCGCCACAGCCGAGGAUGAGCUAAGCUUCAAGAAAGGUGAACAAAUUAAGAUUUUGGGGACUAAGGAUAACUGGUACAGAGCUGAAAAAUGCGGCAUAGAGGGCUUCGUUCCGAAGAAUUACAUUUCCAUCAACAUCCCCAGCUGGUAUCAGGAGGACAUGAGUCGUCAAGCAGCCACGGAUGCACUCAAGACCCAACCUAUAGGCGCGUUUAUCAUACGUGGAAGCCAGAGCUCUCCAGGAAACUUCUCCAUUUCUGUCAGGCAUGAGCUGGACGUUCAGCACUUUAAGGUUAUGCAGGACUGCAGGGGACAGUACUUUUUGUGGUCAGAGAAAUUUAGCUCUCUAAAUGAACUUGUAAAUUACUACACACUCAACUCCAUCUCCAAGCACAGCUGUGUCCGCCUUUUCACUGACCAGAGGGUGAGCCAGCCAGGAGUCAUACCCAUGGAUACAUACAGGAGUCCUUUAAAUGCUGCUCCUGCUGCCAGUUCACACCCUCAGGAAAGAGACCGGUUGACGAGAGAUAAAGAGGUUAGAUCAGCACGACCCCAGGCCCCUCCUAGACCUGCGGAGACUCUCCAAACUCCACAGAUUCAGGUUAAGGCUCUGUAUGACUUCAUAGCAGAGGAGAAGGAUGAGCUGUCAUUCAGUGCUGGGGACAUUAUUGAGGUUCUAGAACAAUCUGAAUCAUUCUGGUGGAAGGGCCGGCUUCGAGGCAGAACCGGAUUCUUCCCCUGCAACUACAUUAUGCGCUUAUAAAACAAACAAAAGCCAAACAAAUCAGAUCUUUUUGGUUAACAUUGUUAAUUUUUGUCAAUAAUAUAUCAAGU